AUGUGGAAUACUUUCCCGGAAACAUCCUGACACUGAAGACACAAGGAUGUCUUGGCCCGCUCUGUACACUCAGUUGGUCGGGGCGAACCGUCAUGCCACCAGCCUGGGUAAAAUCUGGCUCUCUGUGCUUUUUAUUUUCCGGGUCAUGGUGCUGGUUGUUGCCGCGGAGAGCGUCUGGGGGGACGAGCAGUCUGACUUCACCUGCAAUACAUUGCAGCCUGGCUGUGAAAACGUCUGCUAUGAUCAGUUCUUUCCCGUGUCCCACAUCCGUCUCUGGUGUCUUCAGCUUGUCUUUGUCUCCACGCCAACACUCCUGGUUGCCAUGUAUGUGGCCUAUCGUAACCACAGAGAUAAGAGGAAGCUCCUUCAGAGUCCUGGUAGAGCUGGGUUUCUCAGCGCAAAAGGCCAAGAUGAGGAGUUGGAGACUCUGAAAAAGCGGAGGCUCCCAAUAGCUGGUGCCCUCUGGUGGACAUAUGCCUGCAGCCUGGUGUUCAGGCUGCUGUUUGAAGCAGGAUUCAUGUAUGCUCUGUAUGUGGUGUAUGAUGGUUUCCAGAUGCCACGGCUAGUGCAGUGUGAUCAAUGGCCAUGUCCUAACCUGGUGGACUGCUUCAUCUCACGUCCGACUGAGAAAACCAUCUUCACUGUUUUCAUGGCCACUACCUCAUCUAUCUGCAUGGUCCUUAACGUGGCUGAACUUGUAUAUCUUGUCAUCAAGGCUUUCACUAGGGGUCUCUGUGAUCAGAAGGAGAGGAAAUUAGGCAGUAGAGAGAAGAUGCGGAUCAGGACUAACCAAAAGUCAGUUGUUUCAACCUGAUUUUGAAAUGUAGCAAGAAGAUGGAGGGUGGAGAAGAAACUGAUAAAAACAUUGUCAUUUUAGAGAUAUAAUACAUGUGUGAGAAUCAUAAAUGUAAAUACAACUCACAAA